AUGAUAGCUGAUCCUGACCAGUUGAUGCAAAAAGCUGCCAAAAAAGCUAGUGGUACUAGUGGCUUCGCCCUUUUCGGUAGUGGAAACAAAUAUGAAGAAGCAUCUGAACUCUUCUUGGAUGCUGCGAACGGUUAUAGACUUCAAAAGCAGGGAAGUGCCGCUGGAUUCGCUUUUGAGAAAGCUGCCGAAAUGCAGUUGAAAACUGAUGAGAAGGAUGAUGCUGCCAACACUUAUGUUGAGGCCUACAAGUCGUAUCGUCGUGAAAAACCUACAGAGGCUGCUCGUACUUUACAAAUUGCAGUGGACUUGUUCACGAGACGUGGUAAUUUCCGCCGUGCUGCCAAUUACAAAAUGGACUUGGGCACCCUAUUCGAACAGGAUCUACAAAAUCCCAAAGCUGCCCUUGCAUCUUAUGAAGAUGCAGGUGAAUGGUACAUGAGCGAUCAAGCUGAAGCUCUUGCUAAUAAGGCAUAUUUGAAGGUUGCUGACCUUGCCGGUCAAGCAGGUGAAUAUUCCGUUGCAAUUCAAAAAUUCGAACAGGUUGCUCGUGCUAGUGUCCAAAACAGUCUUUUGAAAUGGAGUGUUAAAGAUUAUUUGUUGAAGGCGGGUUUCUGUUAUAUGGCCCAAGGCGAUGAGAUCGCUACACGUGGUGCUCUGGAAAAUUUUAUUCAAAUAGAUCCUUCCUUUGCUACUACUCGUGAGCAUCAACUACUAAUGGAUUUGCAAACUUCCAUUGAGUCGUCUGAUGCCGACACGUUUGCCGGCCAAGUUUUUGGUUAUGACCAAUUGUCCAAACUUGAUGCUUGGAAGACUAAUAUUUUGUUGCUAAUUAAAAACAACAUCCAGGAGGCUGAGGAUGAUUUGACUUAA